CUCAACGCACACACAGUAUGCUGCGUAUUAUGCUAUUGGCUUGCUCAGUCAGCUAACGAAAUAUGAGAAUUACUAGCAGUUUAGAAAGUCACACCCUCCAUGAUACUACACGAACCUACAGAGUACUUAUCCGAGGUAUGUGACGGUUGCCAUUCUUUUUCUCUUUUCCUCUUUCUCUCCAUUUUUGUGCGGGUAUGUGUCUCUAUUACCAAUAUUUUUGUCGACCCUGGGCUACUACCCUCUUCCGCCGCCGCCGCCGACUUGGGUUCCCACUGAAAGGUUCUAAGUAUCCGCUUGCCUGCAUGCUAUAUAUCCCAGGCAAGUGAGAUGCAGAUGCAGGUUACGGUGUGCAAAGUCUGCAGCAUGCUUUCCCUCCAUCAUUACGACGGCAGCAGAGCAGCGUCCUGUGGAAUUUGCUGCGGAACCGCCACAGAAUCGCUGCAGAAGAACCUUGAGAGUGCGAAGAGAUAGUUACAUGUAGUUCGUACAAUUUGGCUAAAGAAGCAGCCCAGUAUUCGUAUAAAGACUUUCAUUGCCAUGAUACCGAUUUCAAGAUACAACGGCAAAAACUGUUUGAUACUAUGCAACCGUGUGUGCCUGGGGCCAUUUUAAUGCAGCGAAUUGUACACCUUGGCCAGCAAAUUAGAGAACAAGAAUGCUAGUUGUAGCAAUUAAUAUGUCGCAGUCCUG